CUAACGGGACGAAUGGGGUAGAUGAUGCUAAGUAUCUUGGUGGUGGAUAUGGCGGCAAUCCAGGCGGAGGAUAUGGAGGCUACCCAGGUGGUGGAUAUGGAGGAAACCCUGGUGGAGGGUAUGGAGGAUACCCAGGUGGUGGAUACGGAGGAAACCCUGGUGGUGGCCGUGGGGGCGGAG